ACAAAUUAAUUGUUAUGGAUCACUGAUAUUUUUUGUACGACUGCUGGCUAAAGACAAUAAUUUUUGGUGUGGAUAAACGUUUUUGAAGAGUUAACGGACAAACCCCAUAUCCAGGCACACGUCUCGCAGCAUUUGAAAAAUCAUCUUCACGUCGACUUUUCGCCCAGUUCCAACCUGUGUUUCCUGGGUAAUUAUUACGGCAGCUGUGGGAAGGGGCAGGAUGAGCUCCCAGCUCACAACUGGCCUAAGCUCAGUGCCGACACCUGGUUUACAUUAGGGGUCUUAUUCCAGGAACAAAACCUGACCAUGGAUGCACUGAGAGCCUACAGACAUGCAGUCCGGAUAGACAGUGGCCAUUCUCCUGCUUGGAAUAAUCUUGGUAUUCUGUAUGAAAAUUGUAAUCAGUCUCAUGAUGCAGUGAAGUGCUAUCUAAAAGCUAGAAGAGGCAAAGGCCCAGUAAAUUCACAUUUGACAGAACGAAUUCACUUCCUGCAAGAUCAGAUGAUGAGUUCCAUACCAAACAACUCACAGAGUCCAAGACAACUACCUUAUGUAGAAGACAGUGAUGUUAUUGUUUUACAAAAACAGUCAAACUUUGUUAAUCAUCAACAGGCCUUAACCAGUGAAACGGUUUCAGAAUGUCGAGGUGGUACGAAGCGUUAUUCAAAUAACAAAGAUGGUCAUUACAGAAGUAGAGUUAAUAAAAGAUUAAAGAUGACUUGUGAAUCCUCAAGUGGCAUUGAAUGCAUGAAAGAAAGCACUGUUGUGAAUUUCCAAGAUUGGCAGUCAUCAUCUUCAGUUGAUGCUGAUCAUGAAUUACCUUCCUCUGAAGAUGUUGAACAUAAACUCCAUACCUUGCUACUUCCAACAAGUGUAACAUCCUCUAUUAUUGAGCCAGACACUAAAGUACAGAAUAGAACUGAUAAUUUGAAUCCCUCUGAAGAAAAAUCAAGUACUUGUGUUGAUAAUUUGAAAACUGAACUAACUAAAAACCAGAGUACAAGGUUAUUAAGAUCCAUUAAAAAUAGAUUGUCAUGGACAGAAUCCAAAAAUACUGUGUAUUACAAGACACCUGGUUUACAUGCAAGAUUUCUAGACCCUCAGGUGGUAAUUGAAAAGCUACCAGAGCCCAAACGCCCUUCCACCCCCUCAAUUAAUAUGUGUGCUUCUGAAGUGUUAGACACUUGUGAGGAGUUGAUAAAAAACAGGGGCAUCUCCUCAUCUCUUAUCAAAUGGGAAUUAUGUCCAAUGGUGCCACCUCCUGAGGCUCCUCCUAUAGAACAUCCUAAAGAAGAAUUGCUUCCUCCAACACCAAGUGUUUUUUUGGAGAGCAGAAAAGAUGCUUUUUCUCCUAAGCUUCAUGAUUUCUGUCUUAAUCAUCCUAUUUCUGUGAUUCGUAAUAUUGCUACAGUAUUGAAUCUGGAUUUGGGGUUAUUCUCUACAAAAACUUUAGUAGAAGCUAAUCCAGAUCAUAGCAUCGAAGUCAGAACUCAAUUGAUGCAGUCAUCUGAUGAGAACUGGGAUCAAGAGAGAACUAAACAAGUGUGGAGAUGUGAGAGUCAACGGUCUCACACUACCAUUGCUCGAUACGCUCAGUACCAGGCUUCUUCUUUCCAAGAAUCUCUUAAAGAAGAACAAGAAAAGCUCCAUAAAGACUCGGAUAAUGAUUCUCUGGCCUCCAUAUCCUACAUUAGGGGGAAGAAGGGGAAAAAAACAAGUACAUUUAAGACAAUCAAGUUUGGCACAAAUGUUGAUCUUUCUGAUGAACGUAAAUGGAGAACACAACUGCAGGAGCUCACUAAGCUCCCAUCUUUUGCAAGGGUGGCUACUUCUGGGAACAUGCUGAGCCAUGUUGGCCAUACUAUUUUGGGAAUGAAUACAGUUCAAUUGUAUAUGAAAGUUCCCGGAAGUCGGACGCCCGGUCAUCAGGAAAACAACAACUAUUGUUCCAUCAACAUCAACAUUGGUCCUGGGGAUUGUGAGUGGUUUGCAGUUCCUGAGCCCUACUGGGGAGUAAUCCACAGACUGUGUGAAAGAAAUAACAUCAACUAUCUGCAUGGUUCCUGGUGGCCAAUCAUUGAAGACUUGCUUGCUGAGAAUGUUCCAGUAUAUAGGUUCCUGCAAAAACCUGGGGAUUUUGUGUGGGUUAAUGCUGGUACUGUUCACUGGGUCCAAGCUGUGGGAUGGUGCAAUAAUAUUGCUUGGAAUGUUGGUCCAUUGACAGCCAACCAAUAUCGACUGGCCAUAGAGAGAUACGAAUGGAAUAAAAUAGAAAAGUACAAGUCCAUUGUUCCAUUGGCUCAUUUGACAUGGAAUUUGGCUAGAAACAUCACAGUGUCAGAUCAAAAACUGUAUAAAUUAAUAAAGUUCUGUCUAAUGAAGACAUUGCAGAUGUGCCAGCUGUCUAUUGAUUUAGUGAAAAGUCUUGAAAAGAACAUUAGGUGGCAUGGUCGAGGAAAAAAUGAAACUGCACAUUAUUGUGGAAAUUGUGAGCUUGAAGUGUUCAACAUCCUGUUUGUGAAGGAGGUGGACAAGAAACAUAUGGUUCAUUGUCUUGAUUGUGCCAUUAAGGACAACUCAGAAUUGGAAGAGUUUGUCAUUUUGGAGGAGUAUACAAUGGAAGACCUAAUGGAUGUCUACGACAAUUUUAUCCUACAUCCUGUAAGACUGCUUUCAUGUACUUUCUAUAAGCAGAAUAAUCACAACUUCUUAAAACCAUUAAGAAAUACUAUAAAAUUGAGAAAAGUUACAGACGCUAAUCUUUUGGUAUCUUUAGGCUAAAUGAAGUGAUUCAAUAGGUGUGAAGUAGAUCUUACAAGUAUAUUUGAACAUUCAUGUUUUAUUAUAUUUGUAUUGUAUUAAUUAAUAUAUGUUAGAUCCAUGCCAGCCUGAUGGUUCAGGUCCUCAACUCACAAUCUACAAGUCACGGGUUUGUAUCCUCAUCACCGAACAUGUUCACCAAUUUAGUCAUGGGAGCAUUAUAGUGUGAUGGUCCAACCCACUAUUCAUUGGUAAAAGAGUAACCCAAGAGUCUAUCACACUAAAUUAGGGGUGGUUAGCACAGAUAGCCCUUGAUUAGCUUUGCACGAACUUAAAACAAAACUAAACAUGCAAAUAGAAAUAUGCUAAUGUUUUUAGCUUCCAUAUUGGCUUUUUGAGCAAUUACUCUUCAUAUUUGAAAACAUUUUUCAAAUGAAAUUUUUUUGUCCAAAACUUGGGGAAAUCAUGUAUCAAUUUGCAUUGUCUCUACCUAAUAGAGGAUUUUAUUGUCCAUACUUCCACAAGAAUUAAACCCUCUGCUUUUUUGUAUUAACCAAAUAGCUUGAAUUAUAACAUCUAAAAUGAUUAAAGUAAUUUCAUAAGAAAACAAAAAAUACAUUUCUGACUUGAUAUUGAUAAAUCAACUUCAGUACCAAUAUAUACAAGUAUAACCAAUUAGUAAAUUUCUAUAUAUUAAUCUUAUGGCUUUUCAGAAAAAUAUGCCUUCUAAAAGAAUGUUUGAACAAUGUUUACGGGUGAAAAACGCAUAUUGAAGUAUGCAUAUUAUAACUGUAGGGCUUUGAAGAUACAUAGCUUGUUCUUUGAAGGUGAAAUAGCAAAAAUACCAAUUAAUAGAUUUUGACUGAGUAGAUAUGAUUUAAGUUAUGUUAAGUGUAGUCAUAUAUACUUCCAUAUUACUGUAUGUGAUUUUUUUUUUCUUGUUGCACUCUGGUUUUCAAGCUUUAUAUCAAGGAAGUUCCAUAGUUAAAUAGGUUCAAAUAGUUAUUUUCUAACAUUUUUCUUUUUGCAUAUCUUUUUCUCUACAUUUUCUAUGAAUAAUUUCAUUUAUUAUAAAUUUUCUCUAUUUCAGCUACCAACAGCUUCAACUACUGCCACAUGACAACAUCUUGAAACUAGUUUCUAGAAAUUACAGAUAUGCUCAAGACAUUUGAAAGUUUCACACACACUGUUAAUGUAAACAAGUUGUUAACAGAUCAACAUUUGUUUCUGUUGGAAAUUCUAUAGGCUGAGAUGAUAUAAAAGCAGCCUAUUUUUUGUUCUCAGAUGAAUGACCUUAUGUUGUGAAUUCUGAACAAGAUGGAAAAUUUUGUAGAUUUCCCCAGUAGUUUUUAAUUAUUAUUAUUUUUUGGUUUGUCUAUCUUCCAUCUACAGAAGCUAGUGUUAAAACUUGUAUAGUGGAUGUGUAGAUACAAACAUGUGAUAAUAUGGGUUGUUUUUGAGGCAUUUACUUAUCCAUCUUCAGUUUAGAACAGCUGAUAUAAGGACUAUUAACAGACUGAAACCAGCAUGCAAUUACAACUAGAUGAAAAGAAGAAAUUAUAAAAGUUCCUUUAUUGAAAAUUUGAAGCCCAUGUACCCAUGCCAAAUGCAAAGUGUGAUUACAGUAUUUGGUAUUUUUUAUGGUGGAGUUAUUCUUAAGGCAACAGAUAUAACAUACCUAAGUGCAGUUGAUGCAGUUAUACCAUUUUGCACAUACAGCCUUUUUCUGGUGAAGACAAUUUGAUGCAUGAGUGUAUUGAUGCUUUGCCAGUAAUACAUCAAGUGCAAGACUUUGAGUUAUGAAAUGGUUUUCUGACAGUGAUGAGAAGUGGCAAAGCAAAAAAAUCUAUUUGACUAAUAUUUUUUAUGUUUUUAUUUUACUUUUAGUUUACGAGAGAAAAAUUGCAUUGUAUAGCUGUUCCUAGGAUUGCACUAAGGCUUGUUCUAAAGCAGUUUCUAGACAAUGAUUUAUGGAUUCUAAGCAGAUGUAGGGUCUCCAAACAAUUCAACACUAAGAAAACAGAAAUGUUUCAUAUAAGCUGUAAAGUAGUGGAAGGUUAAUUGGUUCUAAACUUCUAGAAUAGUUAACACUUCCUUAGUUAUGCACUGAGACUUUUAGGUUUAUAUGUAGUCAUUUGCAACAGUGGUUAUGUUAGCUGUCAGGAGUACAAGUGUAGUAUUUUUAUUUAACAUGUUCAUUGCCACCAGUAGUAUUAAUAAUUCCUACCCUAGUUUCAUUCAAGAAGUGGCGAGGAGCAGUUAUAGUGUUCCAAACUCGUAUGCUACAAGAGAAAUUUGACUGUGUAACAUAAUUGUCUGUGACCAACUGGUAUGUCAUGUGGUCCAUAACUAAGGGUCGAUUGUGACCCACUGGUGGGGCACAUGGCAGCGAACGUGUUCAUUCACUAACAUUUUAUGUCUUAUAAAUACCACAAUACAAUUAUAACAAAAGAAGGGUAGCCAUCCAUCUUUCAAAUUAUAAUGCCAAAAAUACUGCUAACUUGUUUAGUUGAAUAUUAUGCACAACAUUCACUGCCAAGUAUAAUAUACAGACGGGUUAGUGGUCUCUUGACCAAAAGUAUUCCAUAAUUUAAACUGUCGUAGGUAUUAAAUAAUUUUAUUGUUAUUAUUAAUAUUUUGCUUUAGUUGAUGAGAGUAUAGCAGUUUGUGCCAAACUUAAAGAACAAGUGAAGCUAACUGUUAAGGAACAGUUAUGUGGGAUCCCAUAAGGCCAACUGCUUUUAAGAUUGAUUAUUUCAGUUCUAUAAAAAAUGUUACUUAAUUUACAGAAAAUGGAAACAUAACUUAUGUCCAGCUGGUCAAUAUGUAAGUUUGGAACCUAAGCUCACCAAACUAUGCAACCAUUAUUCAUGAUAUACUUCUGCCAUAUCUGAAAACACUGCCAUUUUACCAAACUAUGGUUUUUAACUAAGCCUUGUCAUUUUUGUAUGACAGUAUCAUCAAGAGAUGUGUCAUCCUCACUGUUUGAAGCACAUAUGGGUAGUUUUAUAUAUUAACCUUUUACUGGUUGAUGAUUUUGCUGGGGUACCCAAAGUCAGAAACUCUUGAAUUAUAUUUCAUACAUACAUUCACAUUACCAUGAAAAUAUGUAAUAGUAAUGUGCUGUACAUUGUUCUUAUUAAAAAUUAAGUUAUUGAUAUAAUAUUUUCACUUUUCAACUCUUAAAUAUGUCGUAGGUGUGUAUAUAAUAUCUAUAUUUUAAAACUGUUCAAAAAAUGGGUUUGUUACAUAGUGAAAGAUAAUAUAUUUCAUAUUCCACCUUUAUAAAUCUAUACUUUGAAGAAAACAUAAUGGUUAUACUUAGCUGGAAAACUGGAUUGUCUUGAACUUUUUUUUUUUUGCAAGAAAGUAUGGAGGUUAAUGUAAACAUAAAAAUCUUUUAUAUCACAAGCAAAAUAUUUCUUAUUACAUAAUUAUAAAAAUCUGGAAUUUUGGAUUGCUAGAAAAUUGAAACUUCUGAUAUAUUAUUUUGGAAAAAUUUCCCUAUGAUUGAAUCAUGGGGUGGCAAACUUGGAUACAUAUAUCAUGUAAAUUUGAUGACACUGUGAUGUAUCAUGCUUUCAUGUACAGCUUAAGGUGCCUGUGACACAAAUUUACAGAAGUUUUUCUGGCAUAAAAGGUAAAAAGUAUUACAGUUCUGAAAAGUUGAAACCAAGCAUACAGAAAUAUAGGCUUGGUGCUUAUGUGAUUGUUAAAAUAUAUAUAUUCAGUUUUGAUAAGAACUUCAUUCUUCAUAUUACCGUGAAUCA